AUGCAGUCACCGGAGAUGUCAUAUAGUCCCGCCUACUAUCAGGAUCAAGGACCUCUUGGAACGACACAUCCUCGCAGCUCGAUCGUCACCCCUCCACCGGCUACCCGUCGAUCUCAAGAACAAUCUAUAUUGGGUCACCCCGUAGGCGGAUCUCGACCCUCCUCUCCCAUACCAAGCCGCGACGUCAGUCCCCGUACCUCAAGCUCACGGGCACACCGUGUAUACCAUAACCAAACACUGGGAGGAUCUUCGUGGCCCGGUUCAGACAUCCGAGAGACAGACUCCGUUCCAGCCGGUGGCUCAAUAUUAAGUGGUGCACACAAGGAAGAGCGGUCCCCCAGCAGCUGGGCAGACCGGCCGUCAUUAAUGUCGGGGGAACAUUCCAACCCGAGCAUAAUCCGUGCCCGAAAACGAGCCAUUCCGGAUGAUGAAUUAAUCACUAAUGAGGGCCAAGAUGCUCUCUUGAUGCUGUUCCGCCUCACAAUCGUCCCAUUAUACUCAUUCGGCGCUUCUCUAUAUACCAUCUUCGCCCUCCUCUUCGCACUUCUUAUCUCACCUUUCCGUCUCUGCUCAUUUUCCUCAUACCUCCGCGCCACGACGUUCGUAUCACAACUUUGCGAUCUCCUCUCUCCUGUCCUUCACAUCCAUGAGCGGCUCGUUUGUUUGCAGCCACCAGUGGAAGACCGAUCAUCCUCGACCCAAUCCACCCAAUGGAUUCGCUCAGAGCCAGAUUCAGACCAACCGUCAGUCAUAUCUGAGCCGAGCGAGGUUUAUGCGGUGACUACUUCAAUUUCCGUCCUGGUCCUAUCCCCGUUACUCAGCAUUGUGAUCCUCCUGUUCGCAUGGACAGCCGCCUUUUUCUGGGUAUUCUCCAUGGUCCUGGGUAACCCGGACGGCACUGAGCGGAAGGACGAUGGCCGCACCGCCGUUCUCGGAGUCUGCAAAUGGUGGCGGUCAUGGCUAUGCAAAGCCCGAAAAUCAUAA